AUGGCUCAGCUCACUCCCCACCUCCCCCAAGGCUUCCUGAGCCGGAGGCUAAAAAGCUCCAUCAAACGCACGAAGUCACAACCCAAACUUGACCGGACCAGCAGCUUUCGCCAGAUCCUGCCUCGCUUCCGAAGUGCUGACCAUGACCGGGCCCGGCUGAUGCAGAGCUUCAAGGAGUCACACUCGCACGAGUCUUUGCUGAGCCCUAGCAGUGCGGCCGAGGCCUUGGAGCUCAACUUGGAUGAAGAUUCCAUUAUCAAGCCAGUGCAUAGCUCCAUCCUGGGCCAGGAGUUCUGUUUUGAGGUAACAACGUCUUCAGGGACAAAAUGUUUUGCCUGUCGUUCUGCCGCCGAGAGGGACAAAUGGAUCGAGAACCUACAACGGGCAGUAAAACCCAACAAGGACAACAGCCGACGGGUGGACAAUGUGUUGAAGCUCUGGAUCAUAGAGGCUCGGGAGCUACCCCCCAAGAAGCGGUACUACUGCGAGCUCUGCCUGGAUGAUAUGCUGUAUGCCCGCACCACCUCCAAGCCCCGGUCGGCCUCGGGGGACACCGUCUUCUGGGGCGAGCACUUUGAGUUUAACAACCUACCGGCUGUCCGCGCCCUGCGGCUACAUCUGUACCGUGACUCAGACAAAAAGCGCAAGAAGGACAAGGCGGGCUACGUUGGCCUGGUGACUGUGCCCGUGGCCACCCUAGCUGGGCGCCACUUCACAGAGCAGUGGUACCCCGUGACCCUGCCGACAGGGGGCAAGGGCAAAGGAGGCUGCCCAGCUGUGCGGCUGAAAGCACGCUACCAGACGAUGAGUAUCCUGCCCAUGGAGCUGUAUAAGGAGUUUGCAGAGUACGUCACCAACCACUACCGGAUGCUGUGUGCCGUAUUGGAGCCCGCCCUGAAUGUCAAGGGCAAGGAGGAGGUUGCCAGUGCACUGGUUCACAUUCUGCAGAGUACGGGCAAGGCCAAGGACUUCCUUUCAGACAUGGCCAUGUCCGAGGUAGACCGGUUCAUGGAACGGGAGCACCUCAUAUUCCGCGAGAACACGCUCGCCACUAAAGCCAUAGAAGAGUACAUGAGACUGAUUGGUCAGAAAUACCUCAAGGAUGCCAUCGGGGAAUUCAUCCGUGCUCUGUAUGAGUCAGAGGAGAACUGCGAGGUGGACCCUAUCAAGUGCACGGCGUCCAGCCUGGCAGAGCACCAGGCCAACCUGCGGAUGUGCUGUGAGUUGGCCCUGUGCAAGGUGGUCAACUCCCACUGGUGA